CUAUGCCUGUCCGCAGUACCACAACAACAAGGACCGUCGUCGUACGCCGAAGAACUUCAACUACCGCUCAACGCCCUGUCCCAGCGUGAAGCAGGGCGAUGAGUGGGGCGAUCCGUCAAACUGCGAAAAUGAGGAGAAGUGCCAGUACUGCCACACUCGCACUGAGCAGCAGUUCCACCCGGAGAUCUACAAGAGCACCAAGUGCAAUGACAUUCAACAGUCGAACCACUGUCCACGAGGCCCCUUCUGUGCCUUUGCCCACUCGGAGAGCUGUGAUGAGAUCAAGGCAGCACGCGAGUUCAGCACUGACCCUACCACUGACCUCCCACCGAGCCUGAGCAAUGCUAAUCACUCUGGUGGCGGUGGUGGUGGCCACAAGAACCUGGCCAACCUGAACAACUGCAACAACAACACCUCACCUGUGGACAUUGCCCGCGCCAAUUCGCUGUCCGCGUACAGUCGGCCGAAUAUCGUUCAGACGAUUCCAUCCUCUCUGCCUGACCACUUUGAUAUUCACAAGUAUGAGCUGGCCACUCAACAGCAGUUGUCUUUG